UUGGCGCGCCAUCGUGUAUCACUUGUCACACCCAAAACCGCUGGUCACCGAUUCACACCGAACCGUAACACCUAAACAGCUCAACAAUGUCUUCUGAAGGAUUAGGCGAGACUUUGGUGAUUCGUUUCGGCCUUAUAAACGCUAAUAACAAAUACCUCACAGCGGAGACAUUCGGUUUUAAAAUCAACGCCUCUGCGACAUCCAUGAAGAAAAAGCAAGUGUGGACCCUGGAGCAGUCUGGAGAUCACGGAGACUCCAAUGCCGUGUUCAUCAAAAGCCACCUGGGAAGAUACCUCGCCACCGACAAGGAUGGCAACGUGACCGCCGACAGAGAGCAACCAGAUCCGGAUUGUCGAUUCCUAGUGAUCGCUCACGAUGACGGCCGGUGGUCCCUGCAGUCCGAGCCCCACGCGCGCUACCUGGGCGGCACCGAGGACCGGAUCGUGUGCUUUGCGCAAAGCAUCUCUCCUGCGGAGAAAUGGAACGUGCAUCUGGCGGUCCAUCCUCAGGUGAACGUGUACAGCAUCGCGCGAAAGCGGUACGCGCACCUGUGCGCUAAGAGGAACGAACUCGCCGUGGACCGGGACGUGCCAUGGGGUGUUGAUUCGCUGCUCACGCUCGUGUACCUGGAUCACCGCUACCAUCUGCAGACCGCUGACAACCGCUUCCUCACGUGCAGCGGUGCACUGGUAGCCAAACCCGACACCGGCACCGGCUUUACGCUGGAAUUUCGGGCGGGUAAGGUCGCUUUUCGGGAUGCCACUGGCAAGUACAUCGCUCCCACGGGUCCAACCGGGACCUUGAAAUCCGGCAAGAGCGCGCGAGUCGGCAAAGAUGAGCUUUUUGUCCUCGAGCAAAGUCACGGGCAAGUGGUGCUCACUGCAAGCAACGAAAGAAACGUUUCUACUCGCCAGGGGGUGGAUUUAUCAGCCAAUCAGGAUGAGGAGUCAGAUCAGGAGGUGUUUCAGAUGGAGAUGGAUAGAGAGACAAAGCGUUGUGCUUUUCGAUCGUGCAGUGGGAAGUAUUGGAGCCUCACCCCAAAUGGAGCGGUCCAGUGCACCGCCUUCACCAAGUCACCCAGUUGUUUCUUUGACCUUGAGUGGAAAGGGUCAAAAGUUGCAUUGAAGGCCAGUAAUGGUAAAUACCUGGCAGCCAAGAAGAAUGGCCAACUGGCAGCUGCUGUGGACUCUGCAGGCGAGCAAGAGGAGUUUGUGUUGAAGCUCAUCAAUAGGCCAUUGAUAGUGUUGCGUGGUGAACACGGCUUUAUAGGUUGCCGCAAACAAGGAACCGGGACUCUUGAUUCCAACCGCUCAUCCUAUGAUGUCUUUCAAUUAGAGUACAACAAAAAUGCUUACAGCCUCAAAGAUGCAGUGGGAAAGUAUUGGACAGUGGAGGCAGAUGGGUCUGUGGUUAGCAGUAGUGGUGCACCUGUCUUUUUCCACUUUGAGUUUUGUGAUUAUAAUAAAGUGGCCAUUAAGACAAAGGAGGGCAAGUAUCUAAAGGGAGACCAUGCCGGUGUGCUCAAAGCCAGUGGCCAGGGCAUUGCUGAAGCAACACUGUGGGAAUACUGAGAAACAGUGGCACCCACCUUAAUAAAUCUUCACACAUAAACACAAACAAUGUGUGUUCUUUAAACCUGUCCUUAAACAUAGGCAUAAAGCACAAGCUAAUAACAUAUACAUCACACAACAUAAUAAAAUAAUUCUAAAUAAUCUAAUGGCAAAAACACAAUAGAGAGGAAAGAAUAGAGUAGACUUUUUUUUUUUUUUUUUUUUUUUUGCAUAAUUCAUUACAAACAAACAAAUGCACAAAAACCUUAAAGGGGUAGUUCACCCCAAAAUAAAAAUAUGUCAUUAUUUACUCACUUUCAUGUUUUUCCAAACCCAUAUGACUUUCUUUCUCCCUUGAUACACAAAAGAAGAUGUUAGGCAGAAUGUUAGCCCCAGUCACCUUUUACUUUGGAGGAAAAAAAGAUGCAAUAAAAGUGAAUGGUGACUGAGGUUAAUAUUCUGCCUUACAUCUCCUUUUGUGUUCUACAGUAGAAAGAUAGUCAUAAGGGAUUGGAACAACAUCAGGGUGAGGAAAUGAUGACAGAAAUUUCAUUUAUGGGUGUACUAUGCCUUUAAGUAAGAGAAGCACAAAUUGAUAUCAAUUGAUAUAAUCAGACAAACUUGGUAUUCUGCAAUGGAUAUGAUGUGCUUGGUUCAUUUGUCUCAAUGAUUAACAUAUAUAACAUAUUGAUAUGACAAUGAGGUGAAAAGCUGACAUGAAAUCAUGCAAAAAUAGCAACUAAACUAAGCAGUUGAAUUCAGAGGCAUAGGCUUAUGCAGGGUUUCUCUGUUACCUAGUAACCUCAUUUCACUUAUCAUAACAGUGGUUUCUAGGAAAUUCAGUAUAUAAGUGUAGUAUUACAUAAUAGUCAAUAAUUUGCUUAUGCAAAAUGGGUAUACAGACCUGUGUCAUUUGUUGAGCCUUUGGGCAUAAAGUUUGUUCCUGCCCGUGAUCCAAAAAGCAUUUUUAGAGUGAACUGACUUCUGUAAUGAGGCCAGGUUUUAAAUAGCACCAAUGUGGCUCAGAAAAUGUUAGAAAUAUCCCUGUUCACUUUGGAGAGGCUCUAAUUUCCAAAGGAACAAAACUCACACACACGCACAUGAGUGAGUCAAAAGCAAAUCAAGCACACGAUUUGUUUGUCAAAUUGUUAUAUGUGGUGUUUGUGGCCAUGUUUGUUUUCAUGAUUGUAUUCUGCCAAGACUGCAUUGUUUCCACUACAGGAACAACAGUGUUUUUAAUGUAACAAGCUUAAUAUUGAUAUAAUGUUGAUUUGCACAUUUUCGGCUAAAGCUUUUCCAUGUGAAUGUGUUGAAGGAAGAGAUGAUGUGUCUGUGCCUUGCUCAGUGGGAUGAGAUAUCCUAAGGUGUGAAAUUUUUUUUUUUUUUUUUAAACGUCAUUUGUAUUUUAUGAUCUUUAUGUGCCAUUUGCAACUGUACAUCAAGAGAAAAUUAAUUAAUAAAAAGUUGUU